AUGCAAUACAUUGACGGGCUAAAACACAAAAUCGACGGGGCGGGCGGAAGUGUGGCAGUGGCGAAAAGCUCGCAACUGCACGAGGAGAAAGGAAGCGGCGCGCCGCGGCGUGAUAAGGCCUGCGGAUUGCGGGGGGCGAGGGGCGGUGCGCGGGGAGGGGAGUGCGCGCGCACCAGCUCCCCGCGCCACGCCGCUCGCCUCUUGUCAGUCGCCCGCCGACUCUGCUUGUGCUUGUGUGACUCGCGCCGCUCUGUGCACCGCACUCGUGCCCCGAACACGACGCGUGCCGCCCCGCUGUGGCCGCGAACCGCGACCUCUGUGCUACCGGCGAAACGUUUCACCCGACUUUCGAGUGACUUGCUGUGA